UCAUUUGUUUGUUAAAGAACUUGGAGAAAUUGAGGGGGAAAUAAAAGUUAUUCCUUUGAAUAAGGAAUUGUAUAUUUCAAUUUCUAAAUAUCUCCCUCUAAGGAAAAAUAUGCUAGAAAUCAGGUUUUUGGAUACUAUCAGAUUCAUGCCCUCUAGUCUAGACACACUCGCGGGGAAUUUGAGUGAGGAGAAUUUUAAUGUGCUGAAAUCACAGUACAAAAACAAGUCCGAUUUUGAACUACUUCGCAGGAAAGGAGUUUUCCCAUAUGAAUAUUUAGAUUCUGUUGAAAAACUAGAUGAAACUUCUCUCCCACCGAGAUCCAAGUUCUAUAGUAAUUUAACAGAGUCAGAAUGUUCAGAAGAGGAUUACGCUCAUGCCAUCCAAGUAUGGCAUCAUUUUAAUUGUCGUUCAUUGAAGGAAUACUUAGAAUUGUAUUUGAAAACUGAUGUUUUAUUGUUAACAGACGUUUUUCAAAAUUUUAGGGCAAUUUGUUCUUCAAUUUACAAUCUUGACCCAGCCCAUUAUUACACUACACCAGGAUUGUCGUGGGAUGCUAUGUUAAAAACCACAGAGAUUGAACUCGAGUUACUCACUGAUAUUGAUAUGAUUACAUAUGUUAAGAGUGGAAUUCGGGGUGGGUUGGUGCAAUGUAGUCAUAGACAUACAAAAGCAAACCACAAAUACUUAAAAAAUUUCGAUCCUACUAAAGAAUCGGAAUUUUUAAUGUAUGUGGAUGCAAACAAUUUGUAUGGAUGGGCUAUGUCUGAACCACUACCUUACGGUGAGUUCAAAUGGUUAGACACGAAUCAGAUUAAGAGUUUUAAUCUAGAAAAUAUUCAUGAAAAUAGUGAGUAUGGAUAUAUUCUAGAGGUUGAUCUAGAUUACCCUUACUCACUUCAUGAUGAACAUAAUGAUCUACCAUUCUGUCCGGAUAACAAGCUACCAUCAAGCAGUUGUAAAACUCCCAAGUUAAUAGCCGAUCUCGCUGAAAAGAAGAAUUAUAUCAUAUACUAUAAGACUUUAAAACAGUGUAUGAGACAUGGCUUGGAAUUAAAAAAAAUUCACUCCAUCCUUCAAUUUAGGCAGAAAGCCUGGCUCAAAAAAUAUAUUGAUAUAAACACUGAGCAUAGGACCAGAGCCAAAAAUAAUUUUGAAAAAGAUUUUUUUAAAUUAUUGAACAAUGCUGUUUAUGGAAAAACCAUGGAAAACAGUGAAAAAAGGGUGGAUGUACGAAUAAUAACGGAGUGGGACUAUCCAGUUGAAAAUAGGAAGUUAGGACGACCCAAAUUAUGUGCCAGGGAUUUAAUAUCAAAAUCUAAUUUUCAUAGUGCAUCAAGGUUCAGUGAAACUAUGUAUGCAAUUCAAAUGAAGAGGUUACACAACAUUUGUGAUAAACCAAUUUAUUUAGGAUUUGUAGUGUUGGAGAUGUCAAAAUAUAAAAUGUAUGACUUCCAUUAUGACUACAUGAAACCUAAGUUUGGGAAAGCACUCAAAUUAAAUUAUAUGGAUACGGAUUCAUUUAUUUAUAGCAUAAAAACACAAUGA